AUGACAACUCAUGAUACCCUAUCCACAGCUAGACCCAUUGACUCUGAACUUGAACAAAAAAGACAGGCAGUUCUAGCCUCUAUGAAGAGAAGGUCGGCAGCAAAUUCAAGAUCCCAUUCCCCAGCUACAAUAGCGCCUCCAGUGGUGAAGAUUGAUGAAGAAGAUGAUGGUGCUAAGCGCGCUUCCACAGUGACGGAACACAGCAAGCUAAAAUCUGACCUAUAUGAUGCUAUUCUGGAUUUGAGAGCCCUAGGCUUCUCUUUUGAGAAGAUUGUGCAACAAUCUGGUGUCCAUAGAGAUUUUUUAGUCCAAUGUUAUACUGAGUGGAAGUUUCCUGUGCCUAAAGUCAUUGAUCCACCACCUGCCCCUAUUUACAAGUCUGCCACCCCUAUAGAUAAUGCUAGAUCAAAUUCUGCCACUCCAGUUAAUGGGUUCCAGAGGCCAAUGUUCAAUAAUAAAGUUUAUAGAGUUGUUUCCAAUGAAAAACCUGAAUGGUUAAAGAAUCUUGUUAUUGACUUGGAAGAAAGCUCCGAGGAAGAAGAGUCUGAAUCUGAAUCUGAACAUGAAGAGGAUGACCAAGAUAAGAAUGAUGUGAUAUCUGAUGAAACGGAUGAUGAUACAGUGAAACAAGAAACUGUUUUUUCUGAGGAGUCCCAUGAGAUACUGUCAAUUUCUAAAUCUUCUUCCGAGGAAGAGUUAGUAAACUUGUCUAAAAAGAUUGAUGAACAGAAUAAUAAAAAAAGAAAAUUAUCAAACGUUGAACUGGAUAUAGUUAAGAAGAAUAAGAAAGAAAUAAAGUCAGAAAUCAAAGAGUUGAGUGAUCAAAUAAAAUCAAAAGAAAAUAAAUUUUAUGAAGUUAAUACGUCUAUCCCAGAGCUAAAAUCAAAAUUACAAGAGAAAGAGAAUCAACUAUCUUGGUUGAAAAAACAAGUUGAAAAUUUAGAGAAUGAAUCCAAUGAAAUCAAGGAGACUCUUGCCGAUAAAGAGCAUGAAUCUCACACUUUUCUUUCAUUGAAGAGUAAACUUGCCAAUAAAUUGAUUGAGUUAGAGGACUACGAAAAUGAGGAAGACAAAAUUAAUGAGUCCGAAAAGAGAAGAGUGGAAUUGAAAGAGAAACUCAUCCAGCAGAUGAAAUUGAAGAAACAACGUAAAGUUGAGGAGUUGGCCCAAAAAGAAAGAGAAGUAAAGGACCAACAAAAACAAGAAAGACAGACUGAAACAAAUAACAUACAGGAUAAUAACAAGAAUGAUUUAGUUUAUGCUGACACUAUUCAUAAGAUUCCAAAGGCUCAAGCUGACCACUUCACCCCAUAUCAUUCUCUUGGGCUCAGAAAAAAGACACAGAAUAGAACAGAGGCUAAUGAUAAUGAUCAAUUGUGUCCUAUUGAAUUAAUAAAUGGAAAGUGUGACGAAAAAGGUUGCAAAUUUCAGCAUCUUAGCUCCUGA